AUGGAUUUUGACAAGGAACAGAACUUCGAAAAUAGAACUUUAGAGAAUGCUACUUGGAACAAGGCAAAGGGAGGCCCACAAAACCGUCGAGCUUUUCCUCCCCCUCUAACUCACGAACUUUGUCACAAGCACAUUCAAGGUGGUCCCUUCGUACUCGGUGCUCGCUCCCUCCUCGCCUGCCAAAUACCUCCCUGGUAUGGAAGUCCUGGUGUUGCCGUAGGUUUUAAGCCUGACUUUUCUAAGGCGAGGGAAAAAUGGCGAAGUCAGGUUUCCAAGCUUGAAAAUAGUGUGUUUUGGGCGGAAUGCAACCACCGUGGGACGCUUCUUGGUCUUAAGAAGCUAAUACAGGUGCUAUUGGGAAACGUUGAUGUUCUACAGCUCUCUACGUUUCACUGGAUGGAGCUGCUGGUGGCGCAUUUCCUACAUCUGAUACCUUUUUCUUUGGUCUUAGAUGGAAUGCGUAGCAUAGCUUCCAAGUGCAAAGGAUUGAAAAGUUCUGGGGACGAAGACCUUCAAGAACUUUUAUCUGCAAUUAUCAGCAACGACACCGAGGUAAAUGCUCUUCCCAGUACUAUACAGAUACUCUUUGCGAAGUGUACGAAGGUUUUCAAUGCCUGGAUGAUGGCGCAUGUUGAUGAUCUCCUGAUAGCAAAAGGGGAGGACGUUCGAUCUCUUCUUGAAGAAGACAGGCAAACUCUAGGCGGCUUGAGCUUGAAAGAACUCCAUCGUUUGGUUUAUUCUCAAGUACUGUCUUCGCACAGCUUAACCUGGCAGCUAGCACCUGUUUACCUCGCGGCUUGCCCAAAGCAAGGCCUGGGAAUGCUUGAAGCUCUCCUAAUGAAGCAGAGUUGUUCCAAUCAGAAACUGGCAUUGAAGGCACUAGAGAUAUGCCGCCUCUAUGAACCUGAUACCGUGAGCACAGCCAUCGCCAGGGCUGUUGGUGUUCAUAGUUUAAAGCAUGGAAAGAAGGGCCAAGGGAUAAUGUGGCUUCAAUUGGCCCGAGACGAGCACUCUACUCUGCUGCCUCCAGGAACUCUUCCUCGCCAGGGACCGCCUAGAGAACGACAUCCUAGGCACCGCAGAGCCUGGCGCUGUGGAUCGCCUGAGAUUGGCACUGGCAUCCAACUUGGGCCGUGCCAUCUUGCAAAGCUGAUCGUUUCUACGAAGGUAGGAAGGAUUUCUUCUUGAACUGUACAAUUCAGAAGCGUGAGUCUAAUUAAGCAAAUAGUUUGACCGUAAAA